UAGGAAUUAGCAUCACAACCCCAACACGAUGUCACAAAACACGCUGAGAGCGGCAAUACUUAUAGUCUCUACCACAGCUGUAGAGGAUCAUUCUACUGAUAAAUCCUGCGAUAUCCUCAAAGAUGUCUUUAGGCAAGAAGCGGACGGUCAAUGGGAGUGGGAUGUUGUGGAGACCAAGAUCGUUGGCGAUGUAGUCGAGGACAUACAGGAAGCUAUCAAGCAUUGGGCGGGCCAGGAUAAUCCGGUCAAUGUCAUAAUUACUACCGGAGGAACUGGCUUUGCUGUCGCUGACAAUACCCCAGAAGCUGUCUCACCACUAUUACAUCGCCAGGCUCCAGGCCUCGUAUAUGGAAUGCUCUCAUCUUCAGCCGCCAUAACACCAUUUGCACUCAUGUCACGCCCUGUUGCUGGUGUCCGCAACAAGAGCAUCAUUAUCACCCUCCCAGGCUCGCCAAAGGGCGCCAAGGAGAAUCUCCAGUGCAUAUUAAAGCUCCUACCUCAUGCAUGCUUGCAAGCAGCAGGGGCGGACUCCAGAUCUCUACAUGCUGGAGGCAUCAAAAAGCUGGAAUCGGAGGCUGGAAUAAGCUCUAGCGGAUCUCACGCUGGCCAUCACGGCUAUGGUCACGGUCACGACCACUCGCACACACACGGUCAUAGCCACUGCUAUAAUCAUGGCCAUGGGCACGCAAUGCCAGUUCGCCACACAAGAGAAACGGAUAAUCCUCAAUCUAACGACCCCGCGGCCGGCCCGUCACGACGACACCGGUCAUCACCGUAUCCGACGCUUGAAGUUAGCCAUGCCUUGGAACUAAUCAAAAAUGAGACUCCAGCCCCUCAAAUAAUAUCCGCCAAAGUGGAUGGAUUGCUUGUCGGCUUUGUUCUUGCGGAAGAUGUCACCGCUACUGAGGCAGUGCCUGCGUUUAGGGCAAGCAUCGUUGAUGGCUACGCUGUCAUUGUCCCCGAAGGAGGAGAGAGUUCCGCUGGUGUGUUCCCUGUUGCAUCUAUCUCGCAUGCCGCACCGGGGGAGAUCAAGCCACUGUUGAAGGGGCAAAUAACUCGUAUCACCACCGGCGCGCCUCUUCCUCCAGGGGCAACGUCGGUUAUUAUGGUUGAAGACACAGUCCUCAAAUCGACUUCUGAAGAUGGUACAGAAGAGAAGGAAGUUGAGAUCUUGGCCACAGACGUCAAAUCUGGUGAGAAUAUCCGUGAAGUUGGCAGUGAUAUCCAGUCAGGGUCUGUUAUUCUCCGUAAAGGUGACCAGAUAUCUGCCACGGGUGGCGAGCUAGGGUUAUUGGUUUCUGUUGGUAGAACUGAGGUCAAGGUUUAUCGCCGCCCUGUUGUUGGCGUUCUUUCUACAGGAGACGAAAUAGUGCAGCACGAUCGCCCUGGACACCUUCGUCUGGGAGAAGUGAGGGAUUGCAACCGCCCUACCAUCAUGGCUGCAGUCAGAAGCUGGGGUUUUGAAGCCCGAGACCUCGGAAUUGCAAGUGAUACCCCCGGAUCGCUCGAGGAAACUCUUCGCGCGGCACUACGACAAGUGGAUGUUAUUAUCACCUCAGGUGGUGUCUCAAUGGGCGAGCUAGAUCUGCUCAAGCCUACUAUCGAGCGGCAGCUCGCUGGGACAAUACAUUUCGGGCGCGUAGCUAUGAAGCCGGGAAAGCCGUCGACAUUUGCUACAGUGCCAGUAAAAUCUAACAAUGGUGCUCCCGUCAAGAAGCUGGUAUUUUCCCUCCCUGGAAACCCCGCGAGCGCUGUCGUGGCAUUUCACCUCUUCGUGCUUCCUAGCUUGCAUUUUGCGAGUGGAGUGCAGCCGGCCGGCUUACCUUCGGUACCAGUGCUACUCGGACACGAGAUCAGGCUGGAUAAGCAGAGGAAAGAAUAUCACCGUGCGGUGGUAAGUGUUGGGAGAAACGGGAAACUGGUGGCAACAAGUACCGGGGCGCAAAGGAGCUCGAUGGUUGGGAGUUUGAAAAGUGCGAAUGCACUGCUAUGUUUGCCAAUCGGUGACAAAGUUGGCAAAGGUGAGGAAGUGCAGGCUCUGCUCAUGGGACCUAUUUCAGCACCGUAAUUAUAAGUUCGAGUUAAUGUGAACUAACACAA